AUGAAACGUUUGUGUUUUAUAGGGCGGAACGUGGCGUUAAGGCAAAGGGUCACUCAGUCCAGUACCUGGAGCGACGCCACAUAUCCUGAAACAAUGUCAAGGGCGAAUAAUGCUGUUGACGGGAACACCUCUGGUAACUUCUCUCAUAGCAGUUGCACUCACACACUGGUCAAUGACACCGCUCCGAAUUGGAACGUCACUUUCUCUACGCCCCAGCUUGUAAACCGUUACGUCCUCUACAACAGAGUC